AUGACCUCGUCAACCUCUGCAGUGGAAAAGUCAGAGUGGCUCAUCCACAUUCCAGACCUCCCUGACGCCAAAGAAAGGAGAGCCGCCGUGUUUCCUCAGCACAUUCAAAGGAUGAAAUCGGACCCUCAGGACUUUUGGGUGUUUGGAGGUGAGACAACUCUGUUUCGCUCCACAAUGACAAUCAUCUCUGAUCAAUAUGAAGGAGCCACUUUGAAGGACCGUGCGAGCCCGGGACAGCCCCCGCAGAUAACCGGCAGCGCCAUGCUGGUUUUUGCCUCCAGGCGGGACGACGUCGUGGCCCGCCUCAAGGAUGAUCCCCUGGUCAAGGAGCGGGUUUGGGAUCUCGAGAAUGCGCAGAUCUAUCCUUUCUUCCGACCCAGGCGAAGUGCUAUUUGA